AAAAAGUGAUAUUUUUCAACCAUCAAAUUACUAAAAUUAUUUUUUAAUCAUGGUAAUUUAAUACUAGCACCAAUGAUUCAGUGACAAGACUGAUGCAACUUUCCUUCAAAUCUACUUAUUCUCAAAAAUGUUCAUAUAAUUUGAUCCAAAAAUUAUAUAUCCAAAAUCUACACUUAGGGAUUUAUUUGAAAUACAGGCAAAGGUUUAUUGAAAGAAACAUUUCUCAUUAAAUUAUGACAUGUAACUUCUCAUUUUUUCCUCCCUAAGAAUAUUGGAGACUCAUGAAGAUCAACACCUGGUAAAGCUGGGGCAGGCCCUGGUAGGGGCCAAGGUACAGAAACCAGGCCUCCUGCACUUCUUAUCUUCCCAGAGCCAUCCUGCUUCCCAGGGAAGAUGUCAGUGUGGAGCAAUAGCAGCUCCAACUUGUCCUACACCAGCUUCCUCCUGGUGGGCUUCCCAGGGCUGCAGGAGACCCGCAUACUCCUGGUGCUGCCCUUCCUCAGCCUCUAUCUGGUGAUUGUCUUUGCCAAUGCCCUGGUCAUCUACACAGUGGUGGCCCAGCGGAGCCUGCACCAGCCCAUGUACCUGCUCAUUGCCCUGCUCCUGGCUGUCAAUAUCUGUGCCACCACCACUGUGGUGCCUGUCAUGCUAUUCAGCUUCUCCACCCGUUUCAACCGCAUCUCCCUGGCUCACUGUCUGGUCCAGAUGUUCUGCAUCUAUUUCCUCAUUGCCUUUGACUGCAAUAUCCUCCUGGUCAUGGCCCUAGACCGCUAUGUUGCCAUCUGCAACCCACUCCGCUACCCUGAGAUAGUGACAGGUCAGUUGCUGGCUGGCCUGGUGGGGGUGGCAGUUGCCAGGAGCACAGGCAUUGUUGCUCCGGUGGUAGGGCUGGCCUCCCGGGUUCGCUUCUGCCGCUCAGAUGUGAUCCACCACUUUGCCUGUGAGCACAUGGCCUUGAUGAAGCUCUCCUGUGGAGACGUCUCAAUAAACAAGACUGUGGGACUCACUAUCCGCAUCUUCAACAGAGUCCUAGACAUGCUGCUACUUGGAGCCUCCUACUCCCGCAUCAUCCAUGCUGCAUUUCGAAUUUCAUCAGGCAGAGCACGUUCCAAGGCCCUCAACACCUGUGGCUCCCACCUACUGGUCAUCUUCACUGUGUACUCUUCCACCUUGUCCUCAUCUGUCGUCUACCGUGUGGCCCACGCUGCCUCCCAGGAUGUGCACAACUUGCUCAGCGCCUUCUACCUGUUGCUCCCAUGUCUGGUCAACCCCAUCAUCUAUGGGGCCAAGACCAAGGAAAUUAGGCAGCACCUGGGAGUUCUGUUUCAAAGGGCACAGCUGCAAGUCACCAGGGAAAAGGCCUAAUCCCUAUCCUCACAUAGAGAGCUUUCUGCCUGAUUCUCUAGAACUUAUAGAUCCUACAAUCACUCUUAAUGUCAAGUGGGUAAAUAAGCAGGUGAGUCAUCCUUGCUGUAUUUUGGCUUUGGGUACCUGCAUUCAUCUUUGAGAGUCUUUUAUCCAUCUUCUGAAAAAUACCUACUUAUCCCGAGUUACACAGUAACCAAUUACAAAGUCAGCUUCUGCCUCUGGCUUCUAAAUUUUCUCCUUUUCUUUCUGCAUGUGGUUUUUUUUCUAAUAUUUUAUUU